CGUCGUUGUUGUGGGUGCCUGUGGCUGUGCUCCGCUAGUAGGCGAAGGACGGGAGGCGGAGUGACGAUGAUGGCGGUGCGGCCGGCGACAUGGCGGGCUCUGAGAGGACUGCUAGCCGGCCAAAGGAGGCGGCUUUCAGGGGCUCCGCAGCAGCAAGGCAUAGGCAGUGCUGAUGAAACUUCGCUUCGACCAUUGUACAUGGAUGUCCAAGCAACUACUCCUCUGGAUCCUAGGGUUUUGGAUACCAUGCUUCCCUAUCUUGUGCAUUUUUAUGGCAACCCACACUCAAGAACUCAUGCUUAUGGUUGGGAGAGUGAAUCUGCUAUGGAAAAAGCUAGACAGCAAGUUGCAUCGUUAAUAGGAGCAGAUCCUAGAGAAAUUAUUUUUACUAGUGGGGCAACAGAAUCAAACAACAUAGCAAUUAAGGGUGUUGCAAGAUUCUAUAAAUCCAGAAAGAAACAUAUAAUUACAACACAAACAGAACACAAGUGUGUGCUGGAUUCAUGCCGUGCCCUAGAAGCUGAGGGAUUUCAAGUCACAUACUUGCCUGUACAGAAAAAUGGGAUUAUAGAUAUAAAGGAUCUAAAAAAUGCAAUACAAGCAGACACAGGCUUGGUUUCAGUUAUGACUGUGAAUAAUGAAAUAGGAGUGAUACAGCCCGUUAAGGACAUUGGUCAGAUCUGCAGUUCCCAUAAAAUUUUCUUUCAUACAGAUGCUGCACAGGCAGUUGGGAAAAUUCCUCUAAAUGUCAAUGAUAUGAAAAUUGAUUUAAUGAGCAUCAGUGGCCAUAAAAUCUAUGGUCCCAAAGGGGUUGGUGCAAUUUAUGUUCGGCGGCGACCAAGAGUAAGAGUGGAACCUAUACAAAGUGGGGGAGGCCAAGAGCGAGGAUUACGUUCUGGGACUGUGCCAACUCCUUUAGCAGUUGGUCUUGGAGCAGCUUGCGAAUUGGCACAACAAGAGAUGGAGUAUGACCAUAAGCGAAUCAGUUCAUUAGCUGGCAGACUAGUUACAAACAUAAUGUCUGAAAUUCCUGAUGUAGUAAUGAAUGGCGAUCCAGUUCAUCGUUAUCCAGGCUGUAUUAACUUAUCCUUUGCAUAUGUGGAAGGAGAAAGCCUGCUGAUGGCCCUAAAAGAUGUGGCUCUGUCUUCUGGAAGUGCUUGCACAUCUGCGUCUCUGGAACCAUCAUAUGUGUUGCGUGCAAUUGGAACUGAUGAAGACUUGGCUCAUUCAUCCAUAAGGUUUGGCAUUAGCCGUUUCACUACUGAAGAAGAGGUAGAUUAUACCGUUAAAAAAUGCAUACAGCAUGUGAAGAGAUUAAGGGAGAUGAGCCCACUGUGGGAAAUGGUACAGGAUGGAGUUGAUUUGAAGAGCAUUAAAUGGACACAACAUUAAGCAAGGAAAUCACUUGUUACCUUGGACUGCAUGCAUAUAGAUUAAAGUAAUAUUUUCUCUACAUUCCUGAAUAAAACCAUGUUGUACUUGUUUUAAAAAUACAAAAUCUUAGGGUAAUCAGUUACGCUUUCUAAAUCCAGAGCCUGAAAACUAAAUCUAAGGUGAUGUUUGUUCAGGUAAACAAUUGUGCUUACACAUCUUCAAAUACGAAUCAACAUUAGUUUCCUGGAACCAAAGAAGUUGCAUUACUUUUAUUUUGGAGGCGACAUUGGCGCAGCUUGAUAUGCCAAAUCUUCAGCUGUCUUAUUGCAAAAAUAAUAAAAAGUAGUUUGUUUCUGCUGUAGGUUCUCCCUAGAAUAAUUUGCAUCUGUUUCAGCAAAUCUGUCUUAUUGCAAAACUUGUGUUCAAACAGACAGUAUGGUCAGAAGUAAUCCUCUUAAAGAAGGCAGUCUUCCAUCUAAAAAGUCCAUCUUAUAUUUGAGCAGUGGUAUUUGCUACAUAGCAAUGAAUUCAACUGUGCCUAAGGCUUACUAGCUCCCAAAUGCAGAUCACAUUCACCUUUUCACAUUUUCACAUUUUCCUUACUUUUACCUUACUUGAUUUGUUAUCACAAAAUAUUUUCUCCUGCUUUCCAGCAUAAUUUUUUCUGAGCUAUUUAUUACUUUAUUUUUGAGUGAUGAUGGAAGAUUUCAAUGUAACGUUUUUUCUGUAGGGCAACAUAUUUCGGUUUUUGCUGAGGAUAAGAAGCUAAGGUCUUGAGAAUGAGAUUGUGUCUGUCUAGAAAUAUCCCAGUUAUAGAAAUAUCCCAGAUUGAUCAUCACUUAAAAAAUAAAACAAUGUCAUUGCCUUUCACUUCAGGGUGCCUGACAGUGCUAGAUUAAGUUAAACUGGUGGUGGUAGUAUUUUUGGUACUCAGAAAUGUGUGCCCUCAUUUGUAUGGGAUUUUUUUUUAAUUGGUAUUACUUUUUCUUGUAGUAGAAAGAAGAAAUCUAUUUAAGGGAAGUUUUUUUGUUUUUUUACUGCUUUCUCAAAUAAAUGCAGGAAGGAAAUUUAACUGUCUAUAAUAAAUGAAUACUUGUGUUAUGCAGCUUUGUGUGCACACCAUUUUGAAGGAAAUGGCUGCUGACCCUAGGCAAUGGAUUGUUAGCACGCAAUCAACGAAGUAUCGUAUCACUUGCCUUAACUACGAGUCCUAUAUACACAACACAUAUACUCCCAUUGAAAUUGUAUCAGCUUCCUUGAGAUAACGUUUAUUGCAAACCUGUUCUGGCAAAACUGCUUCAUGUAGGAGAGUUCUUAAUUUGCAAAAUUGUUACAGAAGUUUUCAAAAGCAUGGUUUAAAAUGGAAGAAGCAUUGAUACUGCAAUGAUGACAGUUUUAUUACCAUAUCACAAAAUUCAAUUUAAUUUUGUGGGCAAGCCAUUAAUUCCCCCCAGGUA